AUGGACGUCCCUGAAGGGCAGGUACAAGACAACUCAUACGUGACCGGCACAAAAAGUAACCAACCAAUUCCGGUCCAGAGCGACAACGCUAGGGUGGAGGAUCCCAUAGAUACUAAAAAGGCAGACACUGAUGAACAGCUGGAGCAAGACGAUAAAGAAGCCAUUGACAAGUCGAAUAUGAUGAAGAACAGAACCAGAGGGGCAAAGCCUAGAGAAACAUAUAAGGAACCAAGUGACGAGCAAGGCUUAGGUGAAUAG